UUCCGCUGGCACUCGCUGUCGCCAUGCAGUGCGCACCGUCCUUCUUGCUGUUGCUCUUCCUCCUGGCCAAGUCUGCCCCCGCCCAGGCCUGGCCUCGGCCGCUGUGGUACCAGGUGGGGCUGGACCUGCAGCCCUGGGGGUGCCAGCCGAGCAGCCUGGACGGCUGCGGGGUCAGCCUGGGCUGUCCCGGCCACUGGAUGGGCCUGGGGAUGAACCCCAUCUACUCGGUGGCCGGGGUCAUGCUCACCAGCGCCAUGAUGCUGAUGGUGGGCCGCAAGGUGCUGCGCAGGCGGGGCCCGCAGGCCGCCGGGGCCGAGCUCCUGCAGGUGACGGCUCACGCCUCCGGACCCUGUAAGCGGCGGACCCCCCUCUCCGACCACGCCCUGCUGCUCACGGUCCUGCACAUGCUGGACGCCCUCCUGGCCCAGAUCCAGGGCCACCUGCAGCACCUGGCCGCGCAGCAGCCCAGGCCAAUAAAGGGCACUCCCACCCCGUGUGGGUGA